AUGCUCAAUCAGAAGCAAUGGAUCGUUAAGCAAUUGAAACGAUCCAAAAGUUUGUCCGAAGAAGAGAAAGGCGAGGUUUGGAACCAAAUUCAGGCAGUUCUGGUAGAGGCCAUUAGAAAAAAGAAAGAAGAUGUCAAUGAUUGGGAGAGGCAAGGACUUCCUUUUUUUGAUAAGUGUGAUCUUCAAUUGUGUUGCGAAAAGGACAAUGAUGAACCAGUUUUGCAAGGCAAUAAUGUGGACCCGAUAAUUGACACAACCCAGAGAGUUGCCGUAAGUACUGACUCUCCAGGUGAUCUGCCCAUGGAUGACGAAGAGGACAGUGAAGAUAAUUUUGAAAAGGAGGAGGUAGAACAAAUAGACCGGAAUCAUGAAGCUAAUGAAAAUGCAGAACCUCAAAAUGAUGGAACGAUUGUAACUUUAGGGAACGAAGAAGAAAUGGUAGAUGAGCAAUCUAAAGAUGAACUUUCGGACAAAUCAAUCGAAGAUUUAAAUAAAACACCCAUCGAAGAAUCAGACAUUGAGCCAGCUAAGAAAUCUGAGGUGCAAUAUGUUGAUAAUAUUAAGAAAGAUGUUAUUGAAUCUGAGCAGGCCAGCUCUACUGAAGAGCAACAUAAGUCCGCUGAAGAAAUUUUUGAGGUCCCAGAGAGUCAAACUGUUCUGGUAGAUCAAAUAGAACAAACCGAAAAGAGUCAAUUAGAAGAUCUUCAAGAGAGUCAACACAGAAUAUUAGAAACUAAGGACACGAACUCUGACAACAAAAUUGCAACAACAGGAGACUAUGAUGAAAGAAGUGCUGAGCAAGAAGAUAAACAAUCUCACGCCACUAACCAAUCUGCAACUGAAAAUAAAGGUGCAUUGGGUGCCACCAAUGAUUCUAUACAUGAUCAAGAUCAUGAGAUGGUUGAUCGGGAUCCAACUUCACGAAUAGAGGUGAUUAAAUUUCGAGCUUUUCCCAGAAAAGGAUACUUAGAUAGAGUGACUGGCAGUUCAGGUGGUGUAGCCAUCUCAAUUCAGAAUCAGACUGAAGUGUCCACGUUUUUCAAUGGCCAGCCCAAUUUGAAUCCUGAUGCACAGUUUCUUAACCCCUCCGAAACUCAAUCUGAACCGCAAGUCACUAAUCAAUUAUCAGAGGAUCCCCAUGAUUUUCCACAUAAGACUUCCAUGAAAUCUUCUCAGCACUCUCCAGCGAGGUCACCAAUUAAUUCACCUUCCAAACCUAUUAGUUCAGCUACUAAUUCGCCUAAAAAGUCCCCAAACAGAACCCGAACAGAAUCCCCAAUCAUUGUCCCACCUGGUAAACCGGAUUCCAAGUUUUCCCCUGCCAACGCUGCCACAACCCAUUCAAACAAAUCUUUUGUCAACUCAUCCCUCAAUUCCUCGUCAAAUUCCCUCACAGAAUUAAGCUCGAAGUCUCCUGCAAGAUCCCCAGGUUCCCACAAUUUCCAGACGUCUCAAGCUCCAAGUCAGUCAAAUUUGCCCACUUUUACUCCUGCCGUCGUGACUUCACAGUCGCCAGUCUUGAGCCAUUCUCAGUCUGCUGACUAUGACGACGUCUCAACACAUGGUAUUGACUCUAAAACAAAAGAUGGCUCUCCAACAUCACCAAAAGGUUCACCGACUGCAUCACUUCCAUCAUCAGGUCCAAACUUGAAUCCUGAUAAUUCCUUAUUCGGACGAGAAAGUGCUCCGAAUUCGCAACAGCUUUCUAACACAGUGACUAAUGAAGUAGACAAAUUAAAUUUGAAGAAGCAAGUUGAGCUGCUACGAAGGCAUUUCGUUAAUAUUUCAAGCCGCUCAGAUGAUCUAGCCAUGCAACAAGAGAUAGAGAGUAUAUUUGAAAAAACUGCUGCUAUCAAAGAUUUGGAGAAAAGGGUUGUCUUCAAAACAGUUUGCAGUCAAGUUUUGGUUAAACUGUUCCUUAAACGAUCAUAUUUUUCAACUGAAGUUCUACCAUAUCUACAAUUUAUUGCCGAAAAUAGAAGUACAUUUGAUCUUUAUCAAGAACAGGAUUCUUAUGAAUAUCACCUCUGUCUAUUAACGUGUUACUAUAUUUACCAUCGCAUGGAACCGGAACUGGAUAAAUUUGCGCAAUGUAUCGUUGAUCGCAUUGAAGCAUUGGAUUCUAAACUUGAUAGUCAAGCGAACCAGCCACUGCCAAUGUUGCUGUGCAAGAUUGGUUUGUCUAUUCUUUAUGCCUUUCUUGAUCGGAACUACCACGACCUUUUUAAAAGUUGUUUCGAAUUGGUGACGAUUAUCGAUACGGAGGACCAUGCUGCUGGAAAGCAAUUUCGUCUUCAGUCCAUCCGGUUUUCUCUAGCAACUUUUCUAGACAGGGAGCGUGAAAAGGCGAUCACAGUAAUUCAACAGAAAUUCACGGAAAUCCCAUUGCGGGUACUUAUUUUUGAGCUCAGAUUUUACUCAGAAGAUGAAUGUCUUGGGUUCCUAGACUCUCUAAAUCUCCUAAAUAAGCUUAAAGAACCUCAGAAUGAAUCAGAUGACCUUAUUCUUAGGUUCUGA